AGGAGGGAAGAGAGAGAAAGGCCAAAGGAGGUGAAGUGCAGGAAGAAGGAAAACGCUUUUAGCCCCUUUUCCUCCCGGUUGAUUGUGUUUACAGAUCUGGAGCAGCUGCCUUCACCUCGGUUGCUCCUCCCAAUGCAAUGGCAAAUGCUUUGGAGCUAUAGUUUUAUUUCGGGGGCCAUAAAAGAAAUCUAGUCACUGAGUGAACUGCACCUUAACCUCAGAGAGACAGACAGAGAGAGAGAGAGAAAAGGAGAGAGAGAGAGAGAGGGAACACAGACCUGAGCAGCUCUGUUAUUGUUGGUCUCGCCUUUUGGAAGAAAGAAGCAGGUGCUAUGGAUCUGCGGCGUUUCCCGUGCUGGAGAGUUGUCCUGCUGCUUCUCCUGAUGCCAUGCGGGCGCCGGUGUGUGUCGGUGCACAUCCUCAACGAGGAGCCGCUGCACGUCAUCCCCGGCUCCGGCCUGGUUCUCAAAGCCAGCAUCCAGCCGGGGCCCCUGGAAAAGGUCUCCUUGGUAACCUGGGAACGGGAGGCCGAAACCGGAGCUGCUCCCACCACAGAGACGCUGGCCACAUGCCCUGGCGUCAGCUCCAAGUGCUCUGACACCAGGCCAAAUGUCCGUGUGGACGUGGAGCAGCAGGGGACGACACUCCAGAUUAAUGGAUACAGCAGAGCGGACAGCGGCGUGUACGCGGUGACGGUGACGGAUCACAGGGGGGCCAAGACCACCGCUCACUGCAUCGUCAGGGAAUAUGAGCCUGUGCACCACGUCUCCGUCAGCGUCAACGUGACUCACUCCUCGCUGGUGUGCGGCGAGGCCUGGGGGACGGACCCGCACUUCAGCUGGCUCCACGAGAGAGUCGCCAUCAGCACGACAGUCGGAAAAGUCUCGGGAGACGGGUCGAUGUUGUCGGUGACCAUGACCCCCAUCUGUGGCCACUUCACCUGUAUGGUUAGCAACAAGAUGGGCUACAGUUCGGCCACCUACACUGCAGCACCGUGCGAGACGGAAGGCAGAGGGAUGACGGCGGCUGUCGUGUGUCUCUCUCUCCUGCUGCUGAUCGGAGCAGCGCUGGCACUUCUGCUGUGGCGGAGACGGCGGCACAACGGCAGAGGAGACGGCCUGCACGAGCGUUUGGAAGAAACCAUUUGAGAGAGGAAAAAAGACCCACAGCCUAAUUUCCUGUCCUGGGAGCGGUAUGACCUCACACUGCGGUGGAACAAUGUGAAGAGUGAGCUGCUCGCUGGGAGAUAAAGAUACUAAAUAAAUAUCUCAAACUUGACAUUCAGCUCAACGUGCCAGCAGCGUCGCUCCACUUCCUCCUGCUGGGCUGUAUCUGACACUGUAUUCUAAUAGUGAAAGCACUGAUCAUUUUUGUAUCGUCUAUCCUUUGUAUUUAAAAUGUACUGUACUGCCUUCAUAAUAAAACCUCUUUUCAAUAUGUGA